GUCAAAACCUCGUAUGUUCUGAUCGUAUAAAAACUACCUCUUCUUCGGAGGAUCCCAUUUCAUUGGUUACCUUCGGACAUGCUUCGUCCUUAACACCGACAUCCAAAAAUUAAUUUUAUUUUAUUUUAAUUAGUCCUAUCGAUAAAAAAAUCAGUAGUGAAAAUGAACUAUAAAGUGACUUGUUUUGUGAUAAGCAGUUUGGUUUUGGUGAGUUCCGUACUCGCUGUACCCGUUGUUGAAGAUGGAAAAGAGCAUAUUAAUUCGGUCCACUCCGACAAGUCCACCAUCGAAGAGUCGCUGUUCAAGAAACUGAACACGAAAUGCUCCAACCAAGACAUCAGCUCCUGCAUGAUGCUGAAGUUGGUAACCUACUUCAACAGGCUAAUGAAGAAGUCUCACAUCGAAUUCGGCGACAUCGAAAUCACGCAAACUUCCACGAAAACCGUUAACUUGGAAACGUCGAGAAGCAUUAACGACGUGGAGAAGAUGUCCGAAGACGAGCAAUUGUACGAUGUUAUGGCCGAGAAAGCGUACGAUUUCAUGCAGACCAGGUCCUUGAAAUGGAGGGCAUUAGAUGGAGCCGACGUCGUUCUGUCAGGCAACACCGACAAAGACGGCAGCCUAAACCUCGGUUUAUCCCUGAAACCCAGUCCCGCAGGAGUCGAGGAAGGACGUAAGAAGAAAAACAAAGGGGGCGGCGGCAUGGACGCCAUUUUGGCCGCCGCUGUCAUGAAAAUCGGUUUGCUCAAAGCCCUCGCCUUCAAAGCCUUAGUUUUGCUGGUCGGAAAGGCCUUACUAGUCAGCAAGUUGGCGUUAGUUCUUGCAGUCAUCAUCGGUUUGAAGAAGCUCCUGAGCCAAGAGAAGCACGUAACGUACGAGGUGGUGGCUCAUCCGAGCCACGAGCACCACGAGCACCACGACCACGGCCACUCGGGCGGCGGCUUCGACGGCGGUCACGGCGGCGGCGGCUGGGGCAGGAACUUCGACGCCCACGCGGCCCAGAACCUGGCCUACAGCGCCCACGUGCCCUCCAAUUGAUUGUGAUCCGAUCGGUCGUGCACCAUAUUGGUGUUUUCCAUCUGACGUUAACCUAAUUAUUUAUUGGUUUAAUUUAAUAUUUAUUCGAUUCGUGUUUUGUUGAUGUUUGUUUCAAUAAAAAAAAG